GUUUUAAGUUAAUUAGACACUCUAGCAGCAACAUGCCCAUCUUGGUAAAAACACAAAGUUCUGGGACUGGUGAUUGGGCCAUUAUUGAGCUGCAAGGCGAUCUGGAAGUAAGAAGCAAUCAGGAUAUGCAUGACCAGUUCAUUGGCGAUCUCUACUACAACAAAUAUGGUCAACCGAUUCUCAUAAUAGGCCACCACAUACUGCAAGGACGCGAACAGAAACUUGAGAAGCCAUUCGCGGUGCUGGAAAAAUCAAAAUCCAACGAAGGACAGCGCCUCUUGGACACCAGCAUUGCCACGCAAGAUGUCAGCCUUUUAAAUGCCACUUCUGGGGCGGAACGAACAGUCCUGGAUCACACCAUUGCCCAGGAGCACAAGAGUCGCCAGCGUACAGAGUAUACAGUGCGGGCCGUGUGCACCAAAAAGCUGAUCUUCAAAUCACGACCCAAACCCAUUAUUGCCAAUGUGGCCAAGACUGUAUGAGUGCUUAAUAGAUAGAACAUUUAUUUGUCCUUUAUAAUUAUACGAUUACGUAGUUAUGGUUCGUCCCUCUAUUAAACGAUUUCCAUUUCACGUUCGAUGCCAACAAACUUCAA